AUGGCGGAGACAUGCACGCGGAGUGCCCGGGCGAGUUCAGCGCCGAUUGCGGAGCUGCUGCAUCUCCCGCUGCUGUCGCAGUCGUGGUCGCCGGAGGAAGAUCGCGAGCUAGAGCGAGCAUUGGCGAGGCAUGCGGAUAGCAAGCUGUCUCCGUUACAGAGGUACCUGCUAGUGGCCGCGUGUAUGCCGAGCAAGACGGCUAGAGACGUGGCAAUUCGCUGCAGAUGGCGCGACAAGGCUCCAGAGCCGCACAAGCGGAAGCUCGGAAGCCCGCAGGCCACUUCGCCGCGGAAGAAGGCAUCGCGCAGCACAGAAGUGCGCGGAGCAGCAGCAGCAGCGGACGCAGCGCAUAACGAGGCAGUCAAUGAGGAGGACAGGCUGCUGGCGCAGGGUCUGGGCGAAUCGCCGCCAGUGAAAGCGGAGGACGGUUCAAAAACAUCGCAGGCAGCACGAGGGUCGUUUGAAUCACCCGGCUCGUCAGUGUCACCCACGUCAGUGCUCACAGCCAUGGCAUCACCACCUGUAGCCAUGCAGCCGUCGUCCCCUUUAUUGGUGUCUGCGGUACCGUGGAGUGUGCCGGUGGAGCAGGAGGCGCGGCUGGCGCACAGCACUGUGCUUAUUGAGAAGAUUAAGGAGGCACUUCGUCUGCAAAAGCAGCUGAAGCGCAAUCUAGCAUUGUCCGUGGAAAGUCCCUCCGUGCGCGAGCACCUGCGCGUACUGAGCCACCACGCGGACAGCCGCGCAGCCGCGGACGCGCUGGCGGGGAGAACUUCCCGCCGCUCCGCGGACGCUGCAGACACUGCGGGCGCUGCAAGGGGCGCUGCGGACGCGGAGGGGGACGCUGCGGACGCUGCAGACACUGCGGGCGCUGCGGACGCGGGGGGAAACGGGGGAAGCGGAAAGCAGCGAGCCAUGCGGGAGUGGCACCCUCACUUCCUCUCCCCACUGCCGCUGCAUGCCGUCCGCCUGUCGCCAUCCACGCGUCAGUUUGCCGCCCAGAGCGCCAACCUCGAGUACCUCCUGACGCUCGACGCCGACCGCUUGCUGUGGUCGUUCCGGCGGACGGCGGGAGAGGAGCCAAUAGGGAAGCCGUAUGGGGGAUGGGAGAACCCUAAUAGUGAACUGAGGGGACACUUCGUGGGGCACUACCUGAGCGCAUCAGCCCUGGCGUGGGCGUCAACGGGCAACACAACCCUUAAAGCCCGCAUGGAGUAUCUGGUGGGAGAGCUGGACACGUGUCAGCAGCGCAUUGGCUCAGGGUACCUCUCUGCGUUUCCCGAGGAGUUCUUUGACCGUGUGGAGGCAAUCAAGCCCGUGUGGGCGCCCUACUACACCGUGCAUAAGAUCAUGGCUGGCCUGUUGGACCAAUACCAGCUGGGCGGCAGCCGGGCGGCGCUGCGCAUGCUGACGUGGAUGGUGGAGUACUUCCGGGGGCGCGUGCAGCGAGUCAUCGAGCGCCACACGGUGGCGCGCCAUUGGCUGUCGCUCAACGAGGAGUUUGGAGGCAUGAACGACCUGCUGUACCGCCUAUAUGCCAUCACUAGAGACCCCCACCACUUGGAGCUGGCCCAUCUAUUCGACAAGCCGUGCUUCUUGGGUCCACUAGCGGUGGGCGCAGACGACCUGCCGGGGCUGCACGCCAACACGCACAUCCCCAUCGCCAUCGGCGCUCAGAUGCGCUACGAGGCCACAGGGGAUAGCCUUUACCGGCACCUCUCACACCACUUCCUCUCCCUCGUCAACACCUCGCACUCCUUCACCUCUGGAGGCACCUCUGCCUUCGAGUUCUGGCAGGAGCCGCAUCGGAGUGGGCAUAUACUGGCACAGGAGGACCAGGAGUCCUGCACCACUUACAACAUGCUGAAGAUGGCGCGCAAUGCUUUCCGCUGGACGCGCUCAGUGCGCUUCAUGGACUACUAUGAGCGCGCCAUGAUGAAUGGGGUCAUGGGCAUUCAGCGCGGCACACAGCCGGGAGUGAUGACAUACAUGCUACCGCACGGACCAGGGAACAGCAAGGCACGCGGUUACCACGGCUGGGGCACGCCUUUCGACUCCUUCUGGUGCUGCUACGGCACGGGCAUCGAGUCCUUUGCAAAGCUUGGAGAUUCUAUUUACUUUGAGUCUCCAGUCAAGGACAGCUGGCGGAAUAACACCGACAGGCAGCGUGUCUUUUCUUCUUCUGCCACGUCAAGAUCCUCCUCCGUUCCUCGCCUGUACGUGGCCCAGUUCGUCUCCAGCGUGCUGACGUGGCAGUCCGCACAGCUGGCUCUCCAGAUGACUGCCACGUGGCCCUCCUCCAUCCGACCGAUCCUGGAGGUCCAGCUGGCAGUGAUUCCUUGGAAGGGGGGGAACGAGGAGGGUGGUCGAGCGGCAACAGGGAGAGCAGAGGGAGCAGAAGCAGAGGGGGCAGCAUCAGGGGGAGGGGAGGGAGAGAGAAAGUUCCUGCGAGUGCGGAGGGGGUGGAGGGAGGGUGACGUCAUCGCUCUCAACAUCUCCUUCACGCUCCGUGUGGAGCGCAUUCAAGACGACCGCCCCCAAUACGCUUCACUCCACUCCAUCCUCUUUGGUCCGCAUCUACUAGUCGGCCUAACGGACGGCGAUCGCCAGCUCAUUCCGGGCUUCGACCCGUCACACCCUGCCACGUGGAUCCGGCCUGUGGACCCUGAGGUGCUCAACCAGCAGCUGAUCUCCCUGUCGCUGUUCGCACCACCACGUCAGCUGCCAGAUCAGCUGCCACGUCAGCAGGGGCAAGACGGCGAUGAGAGUGCCAGUGGCAGUGAUGAGAGCGCUGAGAUGUAUGUUGUCUGGCGACGGAGCAAUGAGACGCAGCCAAUGGCAGGUGGCACACGUGGCAAUCCCUUAGUGGCUGGGCUGACAGGUGGCAGGCCAGGAGAGGGAACAGAGGAGGCCAUGUCAGCAACGUUCAGAGUGAGAAGGCCGGUGGAAAGAAAGGGAGGGGACAAUGGUUUGAUUCUGAAGGGAAGAGGUGAGGAGGAAGAGGCAGGGAAUGGAGAACAGGGAGAGCGGUGGGAGCAAGGAGAGAAGGAGGAUGAGGAGUGGCGGUGGGACAGCGGCGGUAUGGCUGCUCUGAUUGGCCGGGAGAUCUCUCUCGAGCCGCUGGAGAUUCCUGGAAGCUUCCUGGCCGUGGACUGGUGCGGUGUGGGUAGUGCGGGGCGCACAGAGGGGGAGGGGGAGGUGGGUGAGGGAGCAGCAGCAGCAGCAGCAGCGUCAGGGUCAGGUGGAGAGACGUGGAGGGUGGUGUGGCAGACGAGGAGUGAGAUGGAUGCGUGCCGGAGUGACAUGCUGCAGGGAGGCAAGGCUGAGACGACUGGAGUAAUGGGUGCAUGCCAGGAUGGGCGGGCUUCUGUCUUCCGACUCGUUGCCGGGGAGGAGGAGGGCAGCAGGGAAGGGUUGCAGCUGGAAGGGCCGAGAGUGGAAGUGGUGAGGUUGGAGCUGGCAGACUGCCCCGAGUGGGUUAUUUCUCUGGACGGUGGCAGCAGCCGUGGAAGUGCCAGCAGUCUUGCCAGUGGCAGCACAGCAGCCAGCCUCAUGGUUCAACACGCAGGAAAACCGUCCAUUUCCUUGGCCCCUCCUCUCCCGCUUUCUUCUCCCUCGGUGCUCUUCUCUGUCCAUGAGGGCCUGGCAGCAGGCAGCGCCAUGAGCUUCGUUGCCAAGGGAGCCACGCGGGACUUCCUGCUGCAGCCCAUCUCAGAGCUGAGAGAUGAGCGCUACACCUCCUACUUCAAUGUCUCUGCUACUACUCCUACCGCUCCGCCCUCGCCUCCCCCAUCUCCUCCCUCUCCCGCUCCUUCUCCCUCACCACCCUCUCCUGCUCCAUCCCAUUCGUACUGA